AUGCAUGGUUGCAUAGAGUUUCUACUUAAUCAAAACGAUCCCCGCGCCGCUGCAUUACGCUCACGUUUUGUGUUUCUCAUUGUCCCAAUGAUUAAUCCAGAUGGUGUUGCCAGAGGGCAUAGCCGUGCAGAUACCGAGGGGGUUAAUCUUAAUCGUAUGUACAAAAGUCCUUGCAAAUUAAGACAUCCUGCACCCUACUCUAUAUUAAAUAUGUUGCGUUCUGUGAGCUCUGUAAAAGGUAGACUAGCUCUUUUUAUUGAUAUGCAUGCUCACGCAAACAAACGGGGAGUAUUUUUUUACGGAAACUCGAUGCAUGCUCCAGAUUUGCUUCAAAGUCUAUUGUAUGCAAAGCUGGUGGCCAUGAACACCCCAUACUUUGAGUUUCAAUCCUCCAACUUUUCAGAGGCCAACAUGUUCUCCACGGGAAAAACAGGGGAGGGUCGUGACACCUCCAGCCGUGUGACAUUGUACCAAGAGACUGGGUUGAUUCAUAGUUACACCAUCGAAGCCUCGCACGUCAUUGGGAACUCGCUAAAUUCAGUUGUGGGUCUUUCAAGUACUGCAGUAGAAGAACCGGAGGUGGUUCAAGGGACAUUGUGCCCCAAGUACUCGCCAUCGGUGUACGCCGACGUUGGAAAAGGUCUAUUGGUGGCCUUACUUGAUCUCAAGGGUUAUAAUCCCUUAAGCCGCCUUCCUCUUACACAGUUUCACAAUGCCAAAGGUGUGCUUGCUGCGCUUCAGCGACAAAUUCAGAUUGAAAUCGCAGAGCGAUUUUUUAAAAUGGCGUUCAUGACUAGUGGACAUGCGGCACUUGCCCGAGACCCAGGCGUGGAUGCGAUGUGUGCUGUGAUGUCAGCUCUGAAGUCUGAUGAUAUUCCAAACGUCAUAACAAUAAAAGAUGGGCGAGGAAUUCCUGUGGUGACAAUACGAGGACUCUCAGAGUUCUUGCCACUUGAUCAGGCGGUGCAGCUUCUGGCACACACAUCCCCGCUGUGCCCGCCUCGCACAUUACUUUGGAGCACGGGAAGACGAGCGAUAACUCAAAUUGGUGGUGUGUUUUCCGGGGUACGCUCUCUGAAUAGCCCUGGUGUCGGCAGUCUGGCUGUUGGUGCCCUUUCCGUGACUUGGCAAAAGUCCCCCACAGGCGCGAAUUGA